AUGGAAUCACUGGUGUAUGAGAACUCGCCUUUGGCUGAAUAUUUGGAAGGGGAGGGUGGAAACGAAGAGAGUUGGCCCGUGGAGGAGAAUCAAAGCGACGAUGAUCAUACCAGUUCCUUGAACUUUGCCCCUCGCGGGGCUUCCAAGUUCCAGGAUCGCGUUCGAAACAAGCUACCGAAGCCUCUCAACCUACAAGGCACACACCAGGGGGAAGUGAUCGCGAAACUAUAUGACGCUUGCUCGUCCGCUCUGAAUGUCCGAUUAGCACGGAGUGACAACGAACGAUUUUUGGAACAAUUUGGCUACGUUAUUGUCGCAUCGCAACUGUUGAACGAACACAGUGCUCCUUCCUACACAUCCGCUGCAGAUGUCCUAUCUGCAAAGCAACCCUCAGCUCUCCCGUCCCUAUCUACCACCUUUGGAAUCCAAGGCGCCCUUGCUACAGCCUUCACAUCUUUUUCUAUCGCUUGGUUAUUACACUGGAGCCGUUCAAGGACUGGGCCAGGACUAAGUCUCAAGAAAGUUGGAGUACUCCUGAUACUUGUGCCCGCUGUCGGUGUCUUAUUCUAUGCUUUCACAAAACGGCAGUGGUUGAAAUAUCUCAGGCACCAGGCUGUGGAAGCAGCUGGAGCUUUUAUUGGAAAUGCUCAAGGCUUUGAUUCUGCUGCGUCGGCUUCCGUGGUCUUUAUUCAGGAGGUUGAACUUGUUUCAAGAGGUUAUCGGAUAAGCACUCCUCUGCCACCUAUCAGUCGACUGGAGGAUUUAGGACAAACGCGACGAUGCUUGAGAUUGCGCCGAACGGUUUCAGAAUGCUUCUACUCCAUGCUCGAGCGGUAUAUCCAAUCCCAGAACAUCCUACGCCCACUUACCGACGAAGGUGAUCUUGCGAAAUAUUACGAUAUUUAUGACAUUGGACUGGAAGAACUUGAAGCAAUUGAGGCCUCCCUGUCGCAGCGAACCAACGAAGACCAGUACUCAUUGCGCGCCCUGAGGGAUCUGUUUGGAAAACUAUACAGUGUGAGAAAGAGCGUACUGUGCUGCUUGUUAGCCCUUAGCGCCGAUGGUGGUGGUUCCGAUAUUGCUCGGUGGAGUUCUGCUGUCGAGGAAAUGCGUGAGCUUGCUACGGUGACUGGUAACAGCAUGCUGAAAAUGACAGCAAUUUUAAAUGAGGAGGAUCAUGAUACAAUUCCUCCCUCCCCAUUACCUUCCGCCUCACCAAGCAAGGACCACCUGCGAGCUCAAUUUCGACGGCUCAGCUCUCUGUCACAAGGGGUCCGUGCCUUGCAUGCUAAAAUGCACAUUGCCAGCGAGGAGUCUCAUGCCAAUCUAGAACGCGCAGACCCCGAUGAAUUUGAAGCCACCCUCCUGACACAAUACGACUCGGUUGGUAGUGAUCUCAGGGCUCUUCUCCAAGAGUGGGAAGCUGGUAAAGCUGCAUUGGUAAACCAACACGAUCGUCUUAGUGUCGGGGAUCGCUCGCGACCGCCUAGUACUUUCUUGUUACCCAUGUCCCCUACCCCUAGCCUGGGAGGAUCUACGGCAGUCGAGGGAAGCCCGACAGAUGCACUGAAAGCUUUGACUGGCGAGGGCCGGCCGGAUCUUACCCAUACCUAUGAUGACGAGGAAAUUUUCGAAGCUGUUGUACUCCCGGCCUCAAGAAACAAGAGAGUGUCUUUGACAAGAGACGAGCGUCUUGCACGUGUACGAGAGGACCGUGCUAGACAGGCGGUUGCUAGAGAAAAGGUAGAUGCCAGCACUAACAUGCUCAAGGAACUGGAAAUGGUCAUCAAGCAGCGACCAGGAAACAACUCUGCAAAAAGAGUUACCAUGUUGGAAGCACGAUUGGAACAGGCCAGCCUUUUGAAGCGCGUCGUCGACGCUAUCAAGGAUCUUGUCCAGGACUGCAACUUCGAUUGCAAUGACUCCGGAAUCGCCCUGCAGGCCAUGGACAACUCGCACGUUGCCCUAGUCUCCAUGCUGCUCCGCGCCGAGGGUUUCUCUCCCUACCGCUGCGACCGUAACAUUGCCCUCGGCAUCAACCUGCUCUCCCUAACCAAGGUCCUCCGCGCCGCCCAGAACGAAGACAUCCUGACCCUCAAGGCCGAGGACUCACCCGAUGCCGUCAACCUGAUGUUCGAGAGCGCAGAGACAGACCGACUGAGCGAGUACGACAUCAAGCUUAUGGAUAUUGACCAGGAGCACCUGGCCAUCCCUGAGACCGAGUACGCCGCCACUGUCGAGAUGCCUUCUGCUGAGUUCCAGCGCAUCUGCAGAGAUCUUAACGCCCUUUCUGAGUCAGUCGUGAUUGAGGCCAGCAAGGAGGGUGUCAAGUUCUCCUGCCAGGGUGAUAUCGGUAACGGAUCCGUCACUAUUCGCCAGCACACCAACGUCGACAAGCCCGACCAGAACGUCGUUAUCAACCUCUCUGAACCCGUCGCCCUGACCUUCUCCCUUAAGUACCUCGUCAACUUCUGCAAGGCCUCUAACCUGUCUUCAUCUGUUGUGCUGCACCUCUCUCAGGAAGUGCCGCUGCUUGUUGAGUACGGUCUCGGAAGUGGCCACCUGCGGUUCUACCUCGCUCCUAAGAUUGGUGACGAAGAGUAA